UUGAUGUUGGCCAAUUUGUCAGCCAUGAUGACCCAUGGGUUUAAGAGCAGUAAGCAAGACUUCACAUUCGGACCAUGGAAAGUGACUGCUGCAAAAACCCACAUCAUGAAAUCUAAGGACAUUGAACGGUAAGCUAUUCCAAGUAUUUAGUGUCAGAAAAUACAUUGUCUUUAAUUCUCUGUUUAGUAUUCUUAAGGUUUAGUCUACAUUGGGGAGCUUGUUUAUCGACUUACAUUUAGUCAUUCAAAUCUCGUCAAUUUACCAGCUAAACGGCAUUGAGGUUAGUUGUUCAGGUUUCAAUCUUGACAGUUUCGUCCCAGGUUAGGGGAGGAGAUGCACAUGCCCUCGCUCCCAGAGAUGUUGUUUGGGGACAACAUUCUACGCAUCCAGCACACAGACGGUUAUGGUAUUGAGUUCAACGCCAUCGAUGCCCUCAAGAGGGUCAACAACAUGCAGGACUCUGUGAAAGUGGCCUGUGCACAGGAAUGGCAAGAGAGCAGGUACAACCACUGUCAUAAGACCUCUGUGAUAAUACACCUUCAUUGUCUAAAUGCUGUUGAAGUAGAUAAAACAGUGGCAUUUUAAAUUGUUUAGAUAAAAAGUGUUGAAUAAUCAGUCCUAUUAUGGAGAAUUAAUCUCAGUGAGUGAAACUUGUCAUGUGGAUGUAUUGCCAGGGCUGAUUCGGAACACUCCAAAGAGGUAGUAAAGCGCUACGACUGGACAUACACCACAGACUACAGAGGCACCUUGUUAGGAGAGGACCUGCAGAUGAGGGUGAGAGGCCUUUCGGUUCACACUGUGGAUACAAUACAAUAUCCCAAACACACAAACAUUACAAAAUAAGGGGCAAAUCUUAACUUCUCUUAAGUCCAAAUUAAACUUAGACUCACAUUGACAUCGAUGCAUGACUAAGUGGAAAUUAGACGUAAGUGGAAGAUAGGAUUUGUCCCUAAGUCAUUGGCUGCAUUUAAGACAGACUUAAUUGUAGAUGCCUGCCAGAUCUCACAUUGCCUGGAUAGGUGAUUAACAUGUCAACUAACCACGCCAUAUGAUAUGGCAGUCUGACGCCCGACUGCGCCGUCAAUGAUGUGUCGCACAACCAUCGGUUGAUGCAAUGCAACGACUGCAAUGUAGUUAGCCUGGAAUGCAAUUGUUCUUUCGCAUAGGCUUAAUAUUCAAAAAAAUGUUUGUCUCAAGAUGUCUCUUGCCUGGGGUGCAUUCACUAGGAACCAAACAGAAUCAAACAAGCUGAAACGGGGAGAGGCCUACCUGAAUGUGUCCAAUAAGAUACUUUUUCUUUUUGCUACGGUGUGCACUAAUGAAUACACACCUGCUAUUCCAUCAGGCGACAGAAACGUCAGAGCGCAUCGACAUGGAGAAGCUGAAGGCACGAGAGCAGAUCAUGUUCUUCGACGACGUGCUUUUGUUUGAGGACGAGCUGCACGAUCACGGCGUGUCCAUGAUCAGCGUCAAAAUAGUGAGUGGCACUUUCAGACAGGAAUUGACACUUUAUGAUGACAUGCAAUCACCCCAUAUGUCUGUCUCCGUGACAAGCACCAAAGGACAUGCUCUUGCGGGGGCUGUAAGACCAGAAAUAAAAAAGGCAAUUUUUCUAUUCACCUACUUAUGUUAAAUGCAUUUUCUGAAACGCUUGCCUCUUUGAGAGGCUGAGGAGGUUUUGAAGAAUGACUUAUCCUCUUGUUACCCGUGUGUGUGAUACAGCGAGUGAUGCCCACCAGUUUCUUCCUGCUUCUGCGGUUCUUCCUGCGAGUGGAUGGAGUUCUGAUCCGGAUAAAUGACACGCGGCUCUACCACGAGGCAAGUGUGACUGUGGGCUUUCCUGGGAAAUGACAAUCGAUUAACCACCAGAGCGGAUGUGAAUGGUAGUCAAAUUCUGUGGAUAUCUUUUGCAGGAAAUGGGCAAUACACACUGUUCAACUAUGAAAUGGCUAGGCCUACUUAUGAAAUUAGUCAUCGCUUACUCUGGUUUUCUUUACAGGCUGGAAAGAAUUACAUGAUCAGAGAGUUUAGUACUCGGGAAAGCAACAUUUCAGAAUUGCAGGUGAGAAUUUUAUUUUCUGUUUGAAAAGUACAUGUGUAGCAGAAGUCAGAGUAAGUUUAGCAUCGUGCAGUAUCGUCUCCUUCCUGAAAGCUUGUAGCACUGUUGCCUCCAAUCCUUAAACCCCCUUACACUUGUGGAAGAAGCAUAUGCAUGAUCAUGGUAGCAAUUGAACAAGAACACUUUGAAGGUUAUGGGGAAAUUAUCACAACAAAGGACACAACAGUUCACCUGACACAAGAUUGAAUCCAAACAUUACACUGUUGAUUUGAUGUGCAUUUUACAUUUACUGUACUUUUCACAGCAUUUGUCAAUAACGAAAUCUGAAAAUGCUCCGGAGACAUUCAGUAACAUAAUAAGAAUAUUCAUUGACAUUUGAGUAGGUGCAAGAUAAGAAAAAACAAUUACAAUGGUUUGAGCGAGAGGUCUAACUGAUGUCUCCAAGUGGCCACACCUCUCCAAACUGUGCACAGUUUCUAAGUAAUUUCAAUGCAAUUUUAUGACUCAAGGAAAGAGCCUUCAACUAUAAGGCCUUCCCAUUUUUACAGUCUUUGGUAUGACUCGGCCGGGGCUUGAACUCCCAACCUUCCAAUCUCAGGUCACUCUUAACCACAAGUUAUAAGCAUUUCCAUACUUUGCCAAAAAGUAUGUUUGGUUUUGUCUAAAACAUUGUCUAAAACAUUCAUGCUACAUCAUGCAUGUCACUGUGCAGCUGAUACAAUCAUGCCGCUAUUGUAAAGGGGGAACGAUUAGUCAUUUGCAAAAUCUAGAAAAUAUGAAUUUUGGCUCCCUCUCCUUGUCUUCCAGAACGUCCCUGCUGCUCUGUUCACUGACCCCAAUGAGAUCUCCCAGCACUUAACCCUGAAACUGACUAAGUGUGAAAAGCUGGAGCUCCCUGAGACAGGCCCUCAGCCAGGGGACACAAAGGCCCCCCAGUGA